AUGGCCCCAAACAGGAAGAUGUUUUAUUUUUUCUUUGCCUUUUUCUUUGUUUUGGCUCAAUUUCCAUCAGGGUGCCAGGCAGGACUUGAGUAUUCCCAGCCAUUUCCAGGAGGUGAGUUUGCUGCUUGUGAGCCCUGCAGGCUCCGACGGGGCAAAUGCAGGAGGAUGUGCGCCGAGGAUGAAAAAGCUGUGGGAAAUUGCAAGCUGAACUUUUUCUGCUGCCGACAGAGAAUCUGAUAAACCAGACCAGCGCUCCUCUGGCCUCAGAAGCAGGACUGGAUACUCAGGGAAGGUCAAAAGAAGUUAUGUGGCUGACCCA